AUGGAAUUUUCAAGAGAUAUCUUAAAUACUUUGUCAAAUAAAAUCCCAAAGCAGUAUUCUACUGGCUCUUUUGAACAAGAACAAAAUAAAGCUAAAGUUACAAAGAUUUCUAACAAAAAAAAAGUUGCUAUUAAACGAAAAAUAGAUUCUUUAGAUGAAUCAAAUUGUACUUGGAAAGAUCAUGAAAUUGAUCUUUUAAUUCAACUUAUUACUGAUAAUUUUGAUGAGUAUAAAAAAGGAAAUAAAAUGAAGAUAUUUAAUGAAAUGUCUACAAAUGUGUUAAAAAACAAAGAACCUAAUGCUAUUAAAAUAAAUAGGUUUACCAAUAAUGAAAAUGAAGAAUCUUUGAAAAAUGAAUCUAUUGCAAUUUCUACUAUGAGUAAAAUUAGAGAAAGAGUAUGGGAUAAAAAAAUUGAAUUAGAGAGAAAAAAAAUAGAAAAAAAUCAUACUAUUGAAAUGUAUAAAUUGGAGAUAGAAAAGCAAAAAUGGGAAUUUGAAAGAGAGAAGGCAAAGAUAGAAUUUGAAUUAAAAAUGAAGGAAAUAGAACUUAAAUUUG